UUACAAGCACAAGGACCAGGAAGCUUUGGAGGGGCGAAAAUGGCGCUGCCCAUGUUAAGAGGUUGUCACAGAUUUCCAUCAACGUUAAGCUUUACUCGUCUGUGUUUGAAUGACAGUGUCAUCCUGAACCGGACCGGUAAACGACCGCUACCUUCUCCGUGCCUGGCCGCUGUGGUAGAAGCGGUCCGCCCGUACAGCUCCAACCGCGGCGGACAGAACCAAAACCAGAAGGUGGUGGUCCUGGGCAUCCCCAAUCCGUUUAUCUGGUUCCGCACCAGAAUCUACUACUUUCUGAUUCGGGCUUACUUUGAUAACGAGUUCAACGUUGAAGAGUUCGCGGUUGGAGCGAAGCAGGCCUUCACCCAUGUCUCCGGACUGCUGUCUCAGUGUCACUUUGAAGCUUUGGAAGGGCUGGUGGCUACGGACUUGAUUAUAAAGCUGAAGGAAAAAUGCAACGCGCUGCCAUCGAGCCACAAGAAAGCUCUCUCUGCAGACGCCGAUGACAUCAUGUACACAACCCCUGGAGACGUGGGGAUCUACUAUGAUGAUGAUGGGAGAAAAUUUGUCAGCAUUCUGAUGCGUUUCUGGUAUCUGACAAACGCACGUCUUCCUGAAGACACCCUGGAGGGAACUCGCGUCUUUCAGGUGGCCAUAAGUGGAGAGGGAGAGGCAGACACAAAGAGACUCCUCAGUGCAAACUAUGAAUUCCAAAGGGAGUUCACUAAGGGGGUGCCUCCAGAAUGGACCAUUACAAAGAUUGAGCACUCCAAGCUUUUGGAUUGAGUUGGUUUUGAUUAGUGGCAGUUGUGCAACUGGAAAUGAAUCAAAGACAUGAAAUCGUCCUCGCCCUGCCUAUUUGCUUUUAUUAAAUUGAGUUUCACUAAAGCAGCUCAAGAUAAUCCACGGGGGGAAAUGUGAUGCGUCGCCUUACUGGGAAGUCAGAAGAAAUCCAGAGGAAAACACCUGGAUUCACACAAGAAAAGACUUGAGGCAACCCAUUGAUAGCAUAAAGACCACAGACAUCAGUGAUUCUUAGGAUAUUCUUCUAAAUCCCUGGUACCCCCUCAAAGGAAAUGUGAUCAGUACUAGACUACAGCAGGUUGUGACCUCUAGAACUUCUUAUUUUAACUACCAUGUAACUUCACAUGGGCGUGCCCAGCACCCCUUCUAUGAAACACUCAUCUUGCUUU